AUGACUCGACCUGCGUUUUGGCUGCGAUGCGAAAAAAAGGAAUUCGAGAGACGCGCAGCUCUCACUCCUACGACUGCAAAAAAACUCAUUGACGCAGGCUUCCAGAUCAUUGUCGAGCGUGAUGAACAGAGGAUUUUUGAUGACUCUGAAUACGAGGCUGUUGGCUGUGAACUAGUUGAGAAUAACUCAUGGCCUUCGGCUCCAAAGGAAAUCCCAAUCAUCGGUCUAAAGGAACUACCGGCAUCGACCGAUCCUCUUCCUCAUUCUCACAUCCAAUUCGCCCAUUGUUACAAAAAUCAGGCUGGCUGGGCAGACAUUCUAUCGCGUUUUGAUCGCGGAAAUGGCACCCUUUACGACUUGGAGUUUUUGGAAGACGCAAAUGGCCGUCGUGUCGCGGCUUUUGGUUUUCAUGCAGGCUUUGCGGGUGCUGCCGCAGGCGCCCUCGCGCUUGCUGCUGAGCGUAGAGGUGAAAAACUUGGCCAACUUAACCCAUACCCAAAUGAAGAGGCCAUGAUUGAAGAUGUCAAGAAGGCACUCGGAGGCAGUGGAAAAGGCGUGAAAGCUCUUGUCAUCGGCGCGCUUGGCCGUUGUGGUCGAGGUGCUGUGGACCUUUUCAAAAAGAUCGGUCUUCAAGAUGAUGAUAUCAUCAAAUGGGACAUGGCAGAGACAGCCAAAGGAGGUCCCUUUGAAGAGAUCCUCGAUGUCGACAUUUUCAUCAACUGCAUUUACCUCAGCUCCAAAAUUUCAUCAUUCAUAACUCGCGAUACUAUCUCUGCUGCUGGCAAAAAUAGGCGGCUGACUGUUGUCGUAGACGUUAGUUGUGAUACGACUAACCCUUUCAAUCCAAUUCCAAUCUACACCAUCAACACUACUUUCUCGGAGCCUACUGUUCGAGUUGAUCUACCGUCUGAACUUCCCCCUUUGUCCGUCAUUUCUAUCGAUCACUUGCCAACUUUGCUUCCAAGAGAAUCUUCGGAGCAAUUCAGUGCUGAUCUGCUACCAUCUCUAUUGGAAUUUCCAGACCGAAAUACCGCUCGCAUUUGGACCGACGCUUACAAGCUGUUCCAGAAGAAGUUGGGUGAGGCCGCUGAGGCGAAGGCUGCAGCAUAG